GAGGUGGAGGGAGACCCACCCAGACGCUAGCAUGGGCCUCGGGAGGAGGCUGCUGCUGCUGCUGCUCACGGCCUGCGUCCCAGUCUCCCAAGGCCUGCGAUGCAUGCAAUGUAAGGACAACCAGAACUGCUUGGUGAAGGAGUGUGCCCUGGGCCAGGAUCUUUGCAAGACCACGGUGCUUCGUGAAUGGGAAGACAAUGGUGAACUGGAGGUGGUGAUGACAGACUGCGCCAAUUACGAGAGGACCAACAGGACCAUGAGCUACCGUGUGAACUCGAAGAUCAUCAGCCUGGCCGAGGUCAUGUGUGCCACGGACGUCUGCAACAGGCCGAGGCCUGGAGCCCGAGGGGUCGCCUUCCCCAGGGGCCGUUACCUUGAGUGUAUGUCCUGCAGCUCUUUGGAUCAGAGCUGUGAGAGGGGCCGGGAGCAGAGCCUGCAAUGCCGCUACCCUGGAGAGCAGUGUGUUGAAGUGGUGACCCUUGGGAGCAUGGGAAGGAGCUUGAAGAAUGAGAACUACAUCAAAGGCUGUGGCAGUCUUCCUGGGUGCCCUGGCGUAGCCGGUUUCCACAGCAACCGCACCUUCCACUUCCUGAAAUGCUGCAACUCCACCCACUGCAAUGGCGGCCCAGUUCUGGAUCUUCAGGACUUGCCUCCGAAUGGCUUCCAGUGUUACAGCUGCGAAGGGAACAGCACCCACGGGUGUUCCUCCAAAGAGAUGUCCCUCAUUGACUGCCGGGGACCGAUGAAUCAGUGCCUGGAGGCGACCGGCUUAGAUGUGCUGGCCAACCGGAGUUACACCAUGAGAGGCUGCGCCACGGCUUCCUGGUGCCAAGGCUCCCAUGUGGCAGACGCCUUCCUCCUGGACCACCCCAACACCUCGUGCUGUGAUGGCAGUGGCUGUAAUGGUCCCAGCAGCGGUGCCCCCAGGCCAGACCCUGCUCAUCUGGGCUUCAUCGUCUCCCUGCUCCUGACCGUCCUCCUCUGGACCUGAGUCCUGAGCCCCAAGCCCUGGCUGGACCCAGGGACUUUUGACCUCCCUCGUGUGCCUCAGUUUUUCCAAGAACCGGAAGAGAUGUGGGACAAGGGCUGCGGGCAGCAGAAGGGCUCUUGGUUGAGUUAAUAUUAUGGUUGCUAUUGUUAUUAUUAUCAUUGUCAUUCCUCUAACUUAUUAUAUAUAUAAAUAAAAGACUUUUUUAUACCAGUGA